AUUAGUGGACCGGGGCGUUCCGGACCUACCGGACUGUGUGGGCGGGAACAAAACAUUACAUUACAUUCUCUGGACGAGCAGCAGAAAGAACCUGGAGGAGGCACGAGAAACACGGGGAACGGAAAAGGCCUGAUAAUCGACAUAUUAACGUUCUCUCUCCUUUUAUUUUCUUCUUCUUCGUGAGUGCGUGUUUCGGCGGCGACAUGUUUUCAGCGGGUCCGAAAACGUUGCUGUUGGUGCUGGUGUGUGCGCGCGCUGCCUCGGGUAGAGGCACCAACGGCACACAACGUGCACGGGGGAGGACCUUCAGUUUUUUCGACCCUUCAGCCGAUCCCGUAACCCUGGAUGCACCAGAUGAUGGCGUCGCCAAAUUGAAUAGCUCCACAGGUGCGCCGGUGCGUAACGUAACCAAGGAAAUCUCCGAGGAGGCGCUGCUGUUCCUGACGGGCCCUGUGUCCACCGUCCUCAUACCUUCCUUCUACACGCUGGUCUGCCUGUUCAGUGUUCCGAUCAACGUCUGCGCCGUGCUGGCCUUCGCUCGGAGGAUCCGUCCUAAGAAGCCGGCGGCCAUCUACAUGCUGAACCUGGCCUGUGCUGACCUGCUCUUUGCCGUGCUGCUCCCUUUCAAGAUCGCCUACCACUUUGGCGGCAACAACUGGAUAUUCGGAGCGCUCGCGUGCCGCGUUGUCACUGCGGCUUUUUACUGGAACAUGUAUUGCUCUAUUCUCCUCAUAGGCUGCAUCAGCGUGGAUCGGCUUCUUGCUGUAGUCUAUCCAAUCAAAUCCCUGGCUUGGAGGAGGCCGCAGAGGUCGUACAUAGCAUGCGCAGCCAUGUGGACGCUGUCCUUCGCCGGUUCGGUGCCGCUCGUCCUCUCCAACCAGACCUUCUACCUGAGACAGUUGGACAUCACCACCUGCCACGAUGUCCAGCGCUCGGAUGACCUCAUCGGGCACUACAGGAUCUACUUCAUCGCGCUCUGCUGCGCCCUCUUCGUCCUGCCGCUGCUCGUCACAGUGGUGUCCUACGUGUGGGUCAUCUGGUCGCUGAGCAGAGUCCCGCGCGGGGUUCCAGGACGCUCGCGCAGGAGAACCAGAGCAGUGGUGAUCGCUUUGACCGUGCUGGUGAUGUUCCUGCUGUGUUUCCUGCCCACCAACUGUCUGCUUCUGGCGCACUACCUGCAGUUCAACGAGGGAGUCCAGCAGAGCCGGGCCGCCCCCGAUGGCUCCUACGCAGUCUAUCUGGUCUUUGUGUGUUUGGGAAGCCUAAACUGCCUGCUGGAUCCUCUGGUCUACUACUUUGGGUCGUCCCAAUGCCAGAGAGAACUAUCCCGCGUGUUGAGGUGUCAGAAGAUCACAGAGAACAGCUGCAACAGUCACUCGUCAUCUAAUUCACGCCAAUCCAGCAGAGGAACAAUUGUGAAACCCAGACCUACAGAAAGCUCCCAAAUAAACACUCAAAACACAAAAAUUGACUCUUUCCAAGAGAGCCUCAACAGCCAAUACAAGAAGCUGCUGGUCUGACCCACUGGCACUGAGCAGACAUGCAUCAGAGUGACUUUAACUGACUCCUACCUGUGAUUUUAAAGUUAUGAAACAGCAGUAAUAUUUUAUUACGAAUGGGAAGGCACGACAAAGAGCACAAAGUUAAUCUGCAGGCUUGAGUCACCUGUAUUUUCUUUUGUGAUUGGAAUGAAGGGAAGACAACUGAAGCUAUCAUGCCAACAGAAAUACCCAAAAGUCAUGGUUUCAUAACAUCCCAUGCGCAAUGACAGCCAUGCCGGUCGAGCGAUUUAAUGAAGUAAAAAGGAAGGUUUUAGAGAUUAGAUGUAUGUCCAGGUUAAUUCUGCUGAACAUUUCCUACUUUGAAAUGCUUUUAUUGUAUGCACUGAAUGCGUAGGAGCUUGUGAGUUUAUGAGCUGCAAGUAUUUCAUUUAAUAGAAGGAAACGUAUGAAACAUACUUGUGUUUUUGUAUUUUUUUUUUUAAAUAUAAUAUUCCUAAGAAGCUGAUAUUUUAAGCACUUGUGUUUUACAGUUAAUACUUACUUUGUCUUCGUCUUACUUUGUACUUUACAAAAUUGAUAUUCACCACAAUUUUUUUAACCACUUUUAGUCUUUGAAUAAAUAUGUCCUCUUAUCCUUGAGACAGUGUUUUUAAAUCAACCAGUGAACAUCAUGGGGCAUAGUUUGUUCCAUGCCACUCUCUGCUGGUUGGAAAGGUGAAGUACUUUUGUAAGACUUUUGUACACCAUUGUCGAGAUUCUUUUCUCUUCUCUUAUAGCGCUACUAUACUGUUAGUAGUACAUGUGCCACAUGUAUGCGUAACAUUAAAAGAUCAUGCCAACAAUUAGUAUUUUAAAAGCUUAUUUUAUGAGAAAAAAAGUAUAAAGGCUUUAGGCUGCCCUACAUGUUAUUGUAGGCCCAGUUUAAUAUGCAAUUUCAUUUUAUACAAUACAUGUAGCAAGGGGGUCCCUGAUCCGCCUCUCUUUCAGUUAAGGAACCACUGACUGAAUAAAUACUUUUAAAUCUUUCUUUGACAAGUGUUGUUGAACUAAUCGUUCAGUCUGUUAAGAUUGCCCGUCACCAUUCCUGAGAGGCCGUCUUUAAAUGUCACGUUUUGUCUGACCAACAAUCCAAAACCAAAAGAUGUUCAAUCAACGUGAAUAUAGGGAUGCUUUUCAAUUUGAUAUAAACCAGGGAAAAGCCGCAAAUCCUCACAUAUGAGAGGCUAGAACUUGAAAGUG